CAAAUGUGUGCGCCGGAGACAUGUGGUUUUAUUUACGUGAAAUAAUAAGUCUAUUUAAGAAAUAAAUAGGCAAUAGAGACACUAUCAAAAUGAAAAUUAAACCCGUAAAACACAAAACAACCAACACCUUUCGGUUUGUCCCUUUCGCUGAACGGAUCAACUCUAUAGAUAUCCGACAUGCAGCCCUUUAUCACAUAGAGCACGCAUACACUGAACAACCUGAAGAAAAUGAGACUCACUUCCAUCUCGCCUUAAGGAAAUGGCAUGGACUAAACUUAACACUAAACUUCAAAAAGUUCAAGAAAGAGGUCUUUGGAAUUAUAACUGUACCACAGUUGGUCCAUAGGAAAGAUGAUGUUGUGGAAAUAUUAGAAAAAUAUCUAAAUUUAGAAGAUCAAUUGUGUCUACAACCUUUACUGGAAAUUCUGGUGUCUCUUGCCAAAGACCUAAGAGAUGACUUCUAUCCAUACUUCCCAAGAUUUCUGGACAUCUUAAUAAAGCUAUUAAAAACAAAAGAUGCCGAAAGGCUCGAAUGGACCCUGGUCUGCCUUGCAUUCCUUUUCAAGAUCCUUAAACCAUAUCUUAAGAAAGAUAUAGCAGUAGUGCUGAAGAGGAUCAUUCCAUUGCUGAGUGAAUCACAACCACAGUAUAUAAAUAAUUUUGCAGCGGAGAGCUUUGCGUUUGUGGCCCGGGAUAUUAGAGACAAGAAGAAGUUUAUUGAACUUAUAUUGAACUAUUUGCAGACAAAUGAUGAUGCCAUAUCGGGGUGUGGUCACCUCAUAUUUGAAAUCAUUAAAGGUGUACCUGGCAAGUUCCACAGCUGCGUUGAAACCUUCCUGCCACUGCUGUUACAACACUUAAAAGAACACAGACCACACCAGGAAAUACUCUUCAAGGUCCUCACACAAACAUUUGAAGACAGCUUGCAGACAGUCAAUCAUAAAGAAUUCUCUAUAUUCUGGACAAAUAUUCUUAAAUACACAGAAGAGAUGCUUAAAGAGGAUGAGCAUAACCAAGGACUUGAAUUUAUACUGAGACUUGCUGGUCAAGUAAUAGAGCACCAGAAAGGAAAAUAUUUAAUAAACCCACCACAAUUUGUUCUUCUCCUGAUCAAAGUUAUCUGUGAGCAAUCAGAUGAAAAUAUUCUUCAAGUAUGUGCCCAAAUAGGAGCUCUGUUACUCCUCUCCCCAAAUGCCUCUUUAUCACAAGAGCAUGCUGGGAUCAUAGUCAAAGUUCUACUGCCAUUGCCAUACCCAAACAUUCUUGUAAAUUUUGUGCAAAAUGUGAUUGACUAUACCCAAUUUGACAUGCACAUACUGCCACCCUUUUUGAAGUAUGUCUCCCAAUCUGAUUUCGACAAAGAUGCAAUGUGCACACUCAGUAAAAUAUGUCUUAGGAAGUCACCAUUGUCCAUGAAUGGCAUAAAACUUUUUGAGUGGGUGAAAUAUCCUCUCGAUUUUGGACCAAACCUGCCUAAGUUUAUGGAGCACUUCUUAAGUGUAAUCAAUGAGGAUAUUAACAAUAUCAUUGAAAAUCCACUUAACUUGAUGAAUAUGCUGUUUUGCCUGCCGCAUAUUGAGAAAAUAGAAAUUGAUAGUUGUGUGGCUGCAUUGAAUCAACUUAUAAGCAAACUGGUUGAAAUACUGACGAGUUAUAACCUUGAAAGCCAGACAGUUGGCAAUAAAUACCAUUGCAGCACUACAGAACUAUCCAAAAGUGCCAGAAAAGUCCUAUUUAUACUUGCAAACGCAAUGGAAAGUGCUAUUCACAUUUCCAGCUGUAAAAACUUAAAGAAAAUUUGUGACAUAGAUACCUUGUUGCCUGUGAUAUUACCAUAUGCUGCCGAUCCUAAUUAUUUGGCAGCAUUGCAUUUGACAGAUUUGUAUUUGACUGCCUGUGAGCAAGAUAACAUUCUGUCCUCUCCUGUAUUGGCAUUGAUUGAUUCUUAUCUCAAUGCAAAUGUCUCUUCUCCAUUCCGUGUGGUUCGCCUGCUAACAACACAUAUUUACAAACUAUUUGAGAACACAGAACCAUUAAACAAAACUGCUCAAGUAGGAGGCACAACUGAAAAAUUAUCAGUAUUCAGCAUGUGUUACUCUGUGGAAUCCACUGUUCCCUCCAUCCAGGAAUACAGAGCCCAACAAAACACACUACAAAAGAUGGUGUUCAAUACUACACAGUAUGCUUUGAUAAAAGAUACAGAUUUCCACCUGUUUCCCUUGAACUAUAUGUUUGGGAUACUCUAUAUGAACUUUAAAUUAUUAUGGGAGCCAGUCACCGAAUUCAUUGCCAGCUACGGAAAUUCUCUUGCCACUGACGAGUUUUGGCCGAUUUUCCACAAAAUUCUUCAAACCGCUUUUGACAAUGCAAAAAAAGAUUUGAAACAAUUCAAGUUUGAUGACGAAUUUGAAUGUGAGUUUGAUCUGUUGAAAGAACUUUAUGCAGAACACAAUAACAUCUCAGAAAGACCAGAUGUAUAUAAUUACAGAGAUCUGCUAUUGAAAGUGAUGACCAAUUGCAUACAGGUUUGUGAAGCAAGAAAUAGAGAUGUUGUAGUAUUAUUUUUAAACUUUAUUGAAGAAGAAUAUAAGAGACCUGACAAAGCGAAUGCCCUCAAAAUUGACGUAGAAAGCAGAAAUAAUGCCAUGGAUAUUGAUGAUAAUAAACCGAAUGAAGAAAAUGUUAAUGACGCUAAUGUUGAAGAAAUUACAGAUAUUGUUGAAGAUGCCAAAGAAACUGUUUCGGGAAAAGUAACAUUUAAAACCCUCAUCAAUGUUAUGCAAGUUUUAGCACAGUUUAAAAAUCCAAGAGCACUUCAUAAAGAGCCAGUGUUUUGGGAACUUUACAUGGAAUUUUUGAAACACAAAAAUGCAGGUUUACAGAAAUUUGCUCUAGAUUGUGUCAUAAACUAUAAAAACAAAAGCAUAGUUGCCUAUAAAAGCAAUUUGUACAAUCUAGUAGAUGACAAAAAGUUUAAAGACGAAUUAACUUUGUUCAAAAUCACUGAAGACGCUCAAAACAUUCACGCGGAUGAUAGAGAACACGUCAUUCCGAUCAUCCUGAGAAUUCUCUACGGGAAAAUGACGUCUAAAAUGGCGACAGACAAGAAAGGAGGCGGUCAAACCAGAAGAUCUCUAAUCAUGAGAUAUGUUGCUGGAUGUAAUGAGAAAGAGCUGAAAAUGUUCGUUGAAAUGGCAUUCUCUCAUGUGAAACAUUACAUUACAAUGCAACCCAAAGAAAUUUAUGAAAGCAUUGUCUCCACUUUGGACUUGAAGUCUGUUAUUAUUCCAGGAAAGUUGCAUAGCAUUCUGAAUUUGUUUGAAGUGGUUCGUGAAUAUUUCGGAGGAUACCUGAAGGAUGAAUUAUUAUCAGAUUUAUUGAAGAUAUUUAUAUCCGUGUGUUCAACAGUGGGGGCUGUCCUGGCUCAUGGAGAUAAAGUUCAUGUUGGAUAUUAUAAAGUAAUGAAAAACUUAAGGACAUUAGCCAUUGGCAUACUAACAAAGCUUUUUGACCAGUUUGAUAAGUAUGCUUGGAGUUCAGAGGAGCUGAAUGUUUUCUUUGAAACUCUGAUCUGGCCUUUGAUGUCCAAGUUACACAUUGAAGGUAUCCACAGUCCCACUGCACUUUUGAAGCUAUUGAACACGUGGUGCCAAAACCCAAGAUAUUACGUUUUGCUUGUGACAUGCCCAAAACACGAUCCCUCACUGAGUGCAAUCCCUGAGAUAUUCAAACUUCUACUGGCACCAAAAACUAGUCCAGUUGUUGUUAAUAUGAUUCUAGAUAUGGUUGAAAAGCUUUUGACCUUGACAGAAGAUGAAGAGGAAAAGGACUUACCUGCUAUAGUGCCGUUUAAUACAACAGAAGUAGAGGUUACUACUGAAUUGGCAGUUGAGAUGAAUUUCGGCAGCAAAAUUUUGAUACCACACAUCCCAAGCGUACUAGAAGUUAUGAAAAGACGCAUCGCAAACUCAGCUAAGUCAAACACCAUGAACAAAAGAGACUUGCUCAUACUCUCUCGGGUCACAGAGCUUGUGGCUUCCCCAGAGUUGUGUGACGAACUUCUGAACCUUUUGCUGCCAAUACUUGUUAAGAAAGUAUGCAUGAAUAUGGCUGAAGAAAAUAUGGAGCACGCCGUCAAUACCAUAAUCAACUUAUUAGGGCACAGCACUAAUCCUCAAACAUAUAUCAAGAAUAUUGCUGUACUUUUCAACAAAAUUACCCUUAUUGACGUCAGGAAACUCCUACUUAAACUAUUGUCUUCAAUAGCAGAAACAGCUCCCAAAAACAAAGAAAUUCUCGCUCGAAUUAGUGACGUUAUAUCCGAAAUGAAUGCAUUUAACAAACGAUGGAUCGAACAGCCCGAUUUCGAUAGGAGGCUUGAUGCAUACAACAAAAUUUACCAGUUGCUAGAUGAUAACCAAAUCGAUUUAGAUCUCGCGAUACUUAUUGUUAACAAUUGCUUCUAUUUCAUACGGACUGAAAAAGAUAUAGGGUUGCGUGACGGAGCCGCUCUAUGUCUAAAGAAGAUUCUUCCAAAAUUACUGCUGAAGUAUUGGUCAGCCACUGAUGGACAGUUCUUAGUACGUGAUACAGUUUUGUCUUUAAUUUCAAAUGGUAUUAGAGACUCAAAGAACGAAAUACUUAGGAAUGAAAGUAUAAACCUACUUGGAGAAUUAGCAAGGGAAUGCCCAAGUACCGACGUCGUUCUUUCAGAUCUGGCUCAUUUGACCAACAACGAGGACAGAGAAGUAGACUUCUUUGAUAACAUGUGCCAUUUACAAAUGCACAGGCGCGUCAGAGCGCUAAUGAAAUUCUGUAAAGUCGUCAAGAAAAUGACUAAAUGUCCUUCGCCAAGAACGCUAACUAAUUUCAUCUUGCCUUUGGCUACGAUUUACAUUUGCGACGACAAAUACACGGAUAAAAACACGUUGAUAGACGCGUGUAUAGAAACAGUUUCGACUUGCUGUAGAUUGCUUCCCUGGUACCAUUAUGAAGUCAUACUGAAGUUGUAUUUGAACAAAAUGCGUCACGCUUCAGAUCAUCAGAAACAAUUGACGCGAUUAGUCGUUAGCAUUCUAGAUGCGUUCCACUUUGAUUUCUCAAAAGCUAAAAACAUUGAGUUGCCUAAAGCGUUGCUGGUUAAUAUUGAUAAUAGACCACCAAAGAAUAAGAAAGGAAAAGAUGACAAGACUGUAAAAGGUGAUGGUGAAAAAGCAAAUAAUAAUGAAAAGCAAGAAGAAGUAAUGGAAGAUGAUGAAGAAAACGAAGAAAAUGAUGAAGCUGAAAAAACUAUAGAGAAUUUAGAAGUAACCCAAAUAGAUAUAGAUUCUGAAUUGAAAGCGGCCGACGAUGAAGCAGAAAGCGAGGAACCAGCGAGCAAGGAGACAGCUAGUGUCCCGGCGUUUGAGAGGGUUACGCAAGUCCCUCCGUCGCUGGCGAAGAGAAUUAUCAAGUCGUUGUCAGCGGGGUUGCUUCCACAGCUUAAUCGUGCCAUCGGCAAGCUAACAGAGCACGAAGAGUCCCACAAAGUAAACCGCAGACGUUUGGGCUUAGAGCGACAAGCAGAAGACAUGCUACGAGUACCUAUCGCUCUUGCUCUGGUUAAACUACUGCAGCGGCUGCCUGGCGAUGUGCUGAGACAUCAUCUACCCGGUAUCAUCAUAAAACUCUGUUCAUUCUUGAAAUCACCGCUAAAACAAGUGCGAAUCACUGCUCGAGAUAUCGUCAAGAAAAUAAUGAUCACCAUCGGAACUUCCUACAUAGGCAUCUUACUAGAACACCUCACCCUACUCCUGACGAGAGGCUUCCAAGUACACGUACUAGUAGCCACUAUACAUUCCGUCUUAGAUGCUUUGAAAGCAGACUUCAAACCAGGAGAAUUAAACGAGAAUUUAGACUACAUCCUUGAUGUUUGUACUAAUGAUCUAUUCGGAGCAUUGUCUGAAGAAAAAGAGGUUGAUAAACUACAUUAUAAAACACCGGAAGCUAAACCUAGUAAAAAGAGUUAUGUGACUUUGAUGAUAGUAUCUCAGAAUAUAACAGAAUCAUGCCUUAUCAACUUGCUUCUACCAUUCAAAGAGGUUCUACAAAAACACCAAUCGAAGAAGAUAGUUACAAAAGUGCAAGAAGCGCUAGCACAUAUAACUAGUGGUUUGGUAACAAAUAAAUUUAUAGACAUUGAAUCACUCUUCAUAUUUUUACACGGUAUAGCGUCAGAAAGCAUACCUGAAUUCGUACUAGGUGCACCUAAGAGAGAAAUAACACAGAAACAGAAAGAAAAAAUGCUUAUAGCUAAACCCGACUGUUUUAUAAUCCCAGAAAUACCUAAGAGAAAUAAAGAAGUGCAAGCGAAGCAUGUCAAGGUGUCCGCAAAAGCUAACGCUCAUGUCUUAGUAGAAUUCAGUUUGAAUAUCCUAUACGUGAUUCUUAAGAGAGAGAAAGUUACAAGAGUUGAAUGCAGGGCGUUCGUAGACCCUUUGAUACCUUUACUAGUAGAUGCGUUGAAGAGUGACCACGUCAAAGUAACUACUGUUGCCCUGAAGUGUAUUGCGACUUGGACUAUAAGAGUCAGCACGCCGACUCUCGAAGAAUUGGUGAAGGAUAUCGUGAAGACUCUAUUCCUGAUUUUACAUAAGUAUGCGACGUUUGAAAUUAGCAAGCAGAAUGAUAAUUACCAUUUAGUUAGGAAUGCAUUCAAGGCAAUCACAGUCUUAAUCCGCAACGUAAAAUACUACACCAUGGAGGCUGACCAACUGAAAACACUGUUACUCUACGCCGAGGAAGACUGCCAGAACGACGAGAAACAAGCCAGUUCUUUCUCGCUACUGAAGGCUAUUUUAGAGGCCAAACUCGUCUCCACCGAGCUGCAUGAGGUCAUGGAGAAAGUGUCGAAGAUAUGUAUCUUGAGCGAGUCGGCGAGAUCAAGAGACGAAGCUCGAGCCAUAUUCGUGAUGUACCUAACCAACUACUCACCUGGAAAGCGUCUCGAGCGGUUCAUCCAGUUUUUCGUGUCUCAGCUAAACUACGAGCUGCAACACGGCAGGGAAUCUUCCCUCAAGUUCCUGGAGAUGAUCAUCAGCAAGCUACAAUUACCUAAGUUCGGUGACUACCUCCUCCUUUCUCUAGGAGCCACUAUGCUCAACGACGCCGCGCCCGACUGCCGCGCCGCCGCCGCCAACUGUAUAGAGGUCAUGCUCAAGCGGUUCCAAGCAUUGGAGAGAAAUAAGCUAUUUGACUUGGUUACUACGUUCUUCGAGGAUACGCAGCCGGUACACUUCGAGCUCGCAGCCCAACUGUGCAUCCGUUUCGUGAACGUCGAAGGCGAGGGCUUCAAGACCCGCCUCCCCGCCAUCCUGCCCCUCGUGAGCGGCAAGCUCCUCCUCCUGACCAACGACAUAGGCGCCGGCCGCUUCGUCAAACUACAAACACACCACGCUGAAGAUAAAACGGACGAGGAAAAACAGAGAGAAAAAGACCACAGUCUCAUACAGAUGCUCAAUCUAAUCGAUAAAAUCACUGUACAAUGCGAGUCUACUUUGAAAAACAAAAAAUAUAUAAGCGAUUAUGAUGAAAUAGCUCAACAGUCCCAAGCGUUACUAGCUUAUCCACAUUCCUGGGUUAGAUUAAGAGCGGCAAAAGUUAUACAUCAAAUUUUGUUAUCAGUCGACCCGCAAGAGUUGGAUGUGAUAGUUAGAAAGAAGGUGGAAAGUGAGAGAGGGUUUAUUUUUGAUAAUACGGAGGAGGCGUUGAGGAGCUUGGUGUUGGACUUGUGUGCGCAGUACACUGCUGGCGUUUCGCAAGAGAUGGCUGAACAGGUCACAGCAGUUCUAUUCCAAAUCCUGAAGCUAGUCCACGCUUUACCCAGCUUCAAGCUGCCGAGUAAAAUAAAGGAUGAAGACGACAUGGAGGGUGGAGGGAGGGUUAACAUCCGCUGGAUUCUGUUCAAGCUGAGGAAGGCUUGCAACGUGGAGGUCGCUAAAGCGCCUGGUUCCAUGAACAUUCGCAUCUCAAUCUUCACCAUGCUUCUCCACCUAAUCAGCUCCUUCGAAACCCACGACAUAAACUCCAUAGUGGACAUCCUAUUGCCGCCGUUAGUUCGCGAGAUGUCCACCGGUGACCCGAUGGCGCCAGCGUCGCCCGUCAAGCAACUCGCCACGCGGGUCGGCAAGAAAUUGAGGAGAAGGAUAGGGGACAUCGAGUAUGGGAAGUUGUUGGCUGAGGCACAGACUAGGCUGAAUAUUAGGAGGGCUGAGAGGAAAAAGGUGUUAUUACAAGAAAAAGUCAACAACCCCGAAAAAGCGGCGAAGAGGAAGCUUCAACUAAAAGAAAAGAAGAAGCAAUCAAAGAAAAUGAAGUUAGAAGUGAUGCAAGGCAAGCGACCGCGCCCCAAGAAACGGAAAGCGGAGGACUUGGACAUCGAAGAUGUGCUGUUGGGAGACGACUAAUGUAUAGGAAUAAUUUAAAUAAUUGUUUAUUAUUAAUUUAGUGUAAUGUCAAUGGAACGUCAUUUAAAAAUAAAUCUAGUUAAAAUAUCAGUUAUACGCGAUAUAACCCGUUUAUAUAGUUUUAUUUCAUAAGUAUUUCAUGAUUAUAGUUUUUUUUUAAUGUUAUGUAGUUAGUUAUUACGUAACGAAAACUAAAGUGGACGGAGACUAGCCCAAUUACCCUAUAUACGCAAGUAUACUCUGUUGAUUACUUGAGUAAUAAAUGUAUUGUUUACG